AUGAUGAAUGGUUCCCAUAGCAACUCGUUUGAAGUAUACAAUCCAGUCAACAACAAAUGGAAGUUUCUCUCUCCUCCCACAAUCCAGCGAACUUGUCAUGCUAUGGUUGCUACGGAAACACACAUUUACGUCAUCGGUGGAGAAGGCCAGGGUAUAGAGCCGGAAGUCAGCAUGGAGCGAUAUGAUCCAGAGGUAGACCUCUGGAGCUUUGUAUUACCGAUGAAUUGUGGAAAAGUUGGUGCAUGCGCUGUACAACUGGAGGGAAAAAUUUACGUCAUAGGCGGAAAUAAUGGAUACAAUACACUUCGACAGUGUGAGGUUUAUGAUGUACAAACCCACCAGUGGAGCAUGGCUAAAGGUAUUUUCAAAAAUGACAUGUUUUUUUACUAGGCUUAUACUGAGUAUUCUAAUCAUUUGAGUCAUGGAGUGUACUGAUGAGUAAAGCAGUUCAUUUAAACAUAUUAGAAACCUUUAGAUUGCACUACGAGGACGAGAUUAAUUUUCACCAGAAAGAUCAAAAGGUUAUUUUUCAUUGAAGGAGGUUAAUUCUUCUCUCUAUUGCAAAAUGACAAAACAUAUCACUUUAAUUUUAACAACAUUUUCCUGUUACUUCGACAAUUUCACUGGAACCUGUAGAAGAAUGACGACAGUAAAAGCUCGCGCUCAACUUAGAAUCGAAAUCUCGUUCUCGUUGUCGUAUUUGUCUCAGAAUCUAAAGAUCGCUUUUGUUCGGGCUAGCGACCGCUCAGUAUUUCCUGCAGUCGCUGAGGAAUAUUAGUUAUGCGGACGAUACACAGUUGUAUUUGUCAUUUAAGCCCGCUGACUCUUCCAGUGAAGUCGAAGCUGUAUCAGCCAUGCAGACUCAGCAGCUCUCAAAAGUUUCAAUCCAAAGCAUCAAGACUGGGCAGACUGAAGUCUCUCCUGUAGCCUCUGCGCGCAAUUUAGGCACAUGGUUCGAUACGCAUCUAGAUAUGGCAACUCACAUUACAAAGACUUGUAGCAGCGCUUUCUAUUAUUUAUACAAUAUACGUCAUAUUAGGAAAUAUUUAUCCAGAGAAUCAACUGAGAAAUUAGUUCAUGCUUUUAUCAGUAGUAGAUUGGAUUAUUGUAAUAGCCUUUUAUAUGGAAUCCCGGAAUUUGCAACUUGUUAUGAAUGCGAGUGCAAGACUUAUAUAUCGCGCGCACAAGUUCUGUCAUAUAACACCUCUACUCGCAGAAUUAUAUUGGUUACCAGUGCGCUCCAGGAUACAUUAUAAGAUACUCUUGAUAACUUUUAAAAUUUUGCAUGGCCUAUCACCUAAGUACCUUUCAGAUUUAAUUAGUAUUCAACAGCCUUCGUCCUACAAUUUGAGGCGCAACGACAAUGGUCGUUUGUUGGAAAGACCAAGUGCGGAAACCAAAAAAAACCAGUGGGAGACAGAGCUUUCCAGGUAGCUGCUCCUUUCCUAUGGAAUAAGCUGCCAAGGUCCGCGCGCGAAGCAACGAACUUAGAAUCUUUUAAGACUUUAAUUAAGACAUUUUUAUUUAAGGAAUCAUUUCAGUUAUCUUAGUAUAUCUAUAUAUAUAUCUAUAAUAUUAUAUAUUUGUAAUUAUCUUUUACCCAUUUAAAUGUAAAUAUUUUUAAGAUUUAUGAUGGAAAGAUUUGUAAAGUUUAGUUAUUAAUUAUUAUUGUGAUGCGCUUUUGAAUAUUUUCUAGAAAAGGCGCAAUACAAAUAAUAAAUAUUAUUAUUAUUAAAGCAGAAAGUGAAAUCGACGGGGUGGUAUAUAAGACGAAAGGCUGAUUUGCAUAUCACAACUUGUGUAAACGUGUUUAAGGUAAUGUUUAAAUACAAGAAACGAUUUGCGACGACGAUUUUUAAGAGCGACAAUGUUGGAACAAUGUUAAAACAAAUCGAAACAAUAUCGUUAAACUUAUAAAGAUGCAACUCUGUGUUGCUCUGAAAAUCGUCGUUGCAAAUCGUCUCGUGUAACAUCGCCCUAAAACUUUUAUCUUUGGCAAACUAAUUUGGCAAGAUGGGUAAUAUUUUCCAGGUUCCAUUUAUAGCUCGGGCUGUGUCAUUCACCACAAUUGGGGCUAUAAAUUAAUCAAAUGAGUUGCGUAUAGCUUUUUCGUCUAGAUCACUGAUUUAUAUUGUAUGCUUUAUUUCUAGAAAUGAAAGAGUUUCGUCAAGAUGCCCAGGCCGUCGUUAUUGGCAAGAAAAUUUACGUCAUCGGCGGCCGAGACUAUAAGGGAGAGAGGGUUCUAGAUUCCGUGGAGUGCUUUGAUGUAUCAGAGGGGGAGUGGGAACGAGUUACGACUGUGCCAUUAGCAAGAGAAGGCUUUCGUUGUGUUUCUUGUAAAAUAAGUCGAAAUCACCUCCUUCCGAUAAAGCUCAGAUAA